CACACAGCAUUAUCCUGUUCGGUGGUCGAGUAAGGAAAACAUUGCUUUUAUUGGAAUUAGUUUAGUAUUCGUUUAUCAGAAGACGUUUGCAGUUCAGUUGUGAAAUUCUAAAAUGUUUGUAAAUUUUCCGUGUGGAUUUCAAUGUGGAACGCCUAUUCUCAUUUCAGUUUCAGCAUAGAUAAAGGAGCAUAAGCACUAUAUUUCUUGUCUCUGGUUUCAGUUACCUAUCUUGUUUUUAAACCAGUUUUACAAGCGCACUUUUUGAUAUAAUUAUAUUCCGGAUUAGCUUUUUCAUGAUGUACAAACUGUGCUCGAUUGUUCUGGUGAUAUCAGUUUCGGCAAACCUGGGCACGGAGAUUCCACCAUUACCGGUACUUCACGUGGAUAAUUCGAACAAUCCAACUAUCCAAACUCCGGAAAUACCUGCUCUAACUUCAGCUGGAAUAUCUGCGAAUCUGUUUGAGCCAUUAUCAAGUCUCUGCCGAGAAUGGGAAACUGUGAAAUUUAAUGAUAAAGAAAUCUCUGAUUUGAAGAAGAUUCAGAGAGAGGAAGCCUUUACAAUAAAAACUGGAGAUUUUAAAGACCACAAAUUGAUCCCUGGAAAGAAUUCAGGAUCGGACCGGGCUUGUCCUUGUCAUAUUCAAGGAAAACUCUGUAUUCCGCUAUGCUGCCUGUCAGACCAGAUGCCAUCAUUGGAUGAUGGCAAACUGACCUGUGUCAACAAAACUGCCGACCCGAACCUUUGGCGCAAUUUUGCCAAACAUCUCAGGGACAAUGAAAAACUGGCUCCAGGAAAGUUUGUGAUAGUACACCGUCACGAAGACCAUGGAACGGCUUUGAACUGCGCCAAAAACACAUCACAACUAAUUCCCGGAAUCUAUAAACUGGAUGUAAAAACAGGUAAUCUUGUACUGGAGGACAGAGUAAUAACGCCGGAAAACUAUUGUUUCAUCUCUGAACCACAAUCGUUCAAGCCUAUCUACUGUGGAAAAUCUUCAAAUUACGCGAAUGCUACAAUUCUUUCUUCAUACAAACGGAAUAGAACGACACAAACUCAAUGCAUCAACCUGGAAAGACAUUAUCAUGGAAAUUCAAUUGAUCUGAUUCAUACUUCUUUGAAUGUGGCUGGUAACACUUUGCAAAAUCACCCAGUUCUUAACAAAACCAGUUCUGUGGAUUUUGAAAAUAUAUUUCCGACUGAACUAACCCUCACUAUCUCUCUCUCCAAUAACAAAACAUACUCAGCCGAUUUGAUGUGUAAUGCAAUCAAAAUAAAUGAAUCACAAUCGAAAAAUAUUAUUUCCAUUCUUGAUUGUCAUAGAACUAUGGUUGAAAGUAAAUUAGGGAAUAGUAAAUCAAGUGCUGUGACAUGUAUAUUUGAUAGAAACACUCUCCACCGAGUUGAUUUGAAAUGUCGAAUGACAGCUGAGUUUGAAAAGGGAAUAGUAUUGGGAGGAAGUUCCCCAGAUAAAUCUAACAAUAACUCAAAACAUUUUGACGAGACAGGUUUGGAAGAUCAUCACACAAUCUGUUUCAGUUUGAAGAUACUUCAACUAGUUCAGAGUGCAAUUAGUGGCAUCGAUUCUCCAACGCGUGCUCUUCCAAGAAAGAAAAGAAAUUCAGGAUUUUUCCAUACAAUAAAUGACAAUGAGUUGCAACAGGAGACUUCAUUUAUAAGUUCCUUUGAUGAGUCCUUUGAAAAAAAAAGAAAGUCAUUUGAAGAGUCCUUUGAAAAACAUGAGCGUAUGGGAGACAUUUUUAUGAUAUUUUUUUGGAUAAUUUUUUCUAUUGUCUCUAUUAUCAUUUGUAUAGCAUUGUUUCGUGUUUGUUUGAGCCUGUGUACAAAUGGUUGUAGAUCUUAUCCUGCAACUUUUCCCCUUCACUAUAGAGUGAAUAGAGGCUCUCCUUUAGGCUGUUCGGUAAAUCCUGUAGGCCCUCCAGUAAAUCCUGUGGGCUAUCCAGUAAAUCCUGUGGGCUAUCCAGUAAAUCCUGUAGGCCCUCCGGUAAAUCCUGUAGGCUAUCCAGUAAAUCCUGUGGGCUAUCCAGUAAAUCCUGUAGGCUAUCCAGUAAAUCCUGUAGGCUAUCCAGUAAAUCCUGUAGUCCCUCCGAUAAAUCCUGUAGGCUGUACGGUAAAUCCUGAAAUUAAAGUGAUGAAUAAACAAGAUAAUGUCAAACCCACUAGUGAUUUAUUUCAACCAAACUAGUUUCAAUGCUCAAGGAAUAAUCUUUAGUGGUUGGUGAAUAUAAUAAUAUAAUAAUUUAUUUGUCGAAGAACAAUUACAAAAUUGCAUAAAACAUUGAAAAAACUGUGAAAUUUGGAGGAAGUAGGCCGAUAUUCUGGUUGAUCAUAUUCAGGUGUAGAAACAUAAUACUGAUCAAAUGCAUGGAUUAUAUUUUAUUCUCAUAUUCAAUGGAGGUACUUAUAUUUUGAAUGAUUUGAUAAAAAAAGUUUUCUUGAUUAUUGCAUAUUACAUGCAGUCCUACUUCUGUUCUUCAUUCGAGAAUUUCAUGAAAAAUAUUUUUGUUUGUACUAAAAAAAUAAAAUAAAAAAAUAAAUAAAAAUACUGUAUUUUCACAUUUUUAAGAUAAUAUCCAUUGUUAUAAGUGAAGGGUGAUCAGGUGGCCGAUGGCUGGGGAGG